AGCGCCCACUGAACUACCCAGAGCUAACAAAGAUUUUCCAACCCCUGUGACAUCAGCUCAUAUAUGAAGGUGAAGGGGGGAAAACAGACAAUGUGUUUGAUUAGUGUUCACGUGAAGGAGCCUACUGUAGUAGUUUGACUUUUUUUGAAGAGUUCUUCACAAACUUUGUUGCAUCAUUAGCAAGGGAAAGCAGAAAUCUACUUUCCCACUGGUUCUGUCACCUACAAGCUCCUUUUGAUAACCAAACCAGACCUGAAACAAUGAAUACAUCUGUUGGAGAUGGAACUGACAACUGUAGUACCCCCAGAGACUACCAGUUCUACUUCUUCCCAGCCGUCUACAGUCUGGUGAUGGCACUGGGCCUGCCAGGCAACGUGGGGGCCCUCUAUGUGUUCAUCUUCAAGAUAACUCCCCGCACCUCCUCUAACGUGUUUGUCAUUAACCUGGCUCUCGCUGACACCACCUUCCUUUGCACCCUGCCCUUCAAGAUCCACUACCACCGCAACAGCAAUGACUGGGUAUUCGGAGAUGUGGCCUGCAGCAUCACAGGAACACUGUUCUUCGCCAACAUCUACAUCAGCAUCGCCUUCAUGACCUGUAUCUGUGUGGAUCGAUAUGUGGCCGUCGCCUAUCCUCACACUUAUCUGAGGCUCCGGAACUCACGUUGCACUGUACUGGUGAGUGCAGCAGUGUGGGUGGUGGUGGGGGCAGCUGUUCUGGCCUUCAUCCUAGUGGGACCUCUGGACAGCCAGCACCGUAGCUGCUUUGAAAACUUCUCCCAGAAAGAGUGGGACAGGCGUCUGGUGCCAUACAGCAUAUUCAGUCUUGUCGUCGGCUCGCUACUGCCCUCUGUGGUCAUCCUGGUGUGUUACCCUCUGGUGGCGCGGCGCAUCGCUCUCAUCCGGACCAACACAGCCCGCGGAGCCCUGAGGGUCAUCUACACAAUCCUAGUUAUCACCUUACUCUGCUUCCUGCCCUACCACGUGGUUCACUUCCUGCAUCUGCUCCGCCGUCUAGGGGUCAUCCAGCACUGUCCCUAUGCAAACGCCAUCUACAAUGCCCGGCGAGUGACAAUGGCCCUCGUCAGCCUCAACAGCUGUCUGGACCCCCUGCUCUACUACUUCACCACCAGUCACUGUAAGUGGAGUCCCUCCAAGGCCAGGUUCAGAUGGCUGUGGGGUAGGAGGACCAUGGGAGUUUACACCAUCGCUGUGAGACCGUGAUGCUUUUGCUUGCUCUGACUACUAAUGAAAUUACAUGCAUUUUAUGUUCUGCUCAAACUCUGAAGGCUCGUGGUGAAGCAUUGUUUUCCUUACCGUGUACUGUAAACCACCAAUUAUUUUGUAUACCUUUACAUGUACGCCAUGUAAAUAUAGCAUUUACAUCUACCCUCAUGUUCAUCACUUUAAGACCCAGUGCACUUAAAAACCGUGAUUUUCCUGUCAUGUACAGUACCAGUCAAAAGCUUGGACACACUCAUUCAAGGGCUUUUCUUUAUUUUUAAUAUUUUCUACAUCGUAGAACAAUAGUGAAGACAUCAAAACUAUGAUAACACACAUAUGGAAUUAUGUAGCAACCAAAAAGGUGUUAAAAAAAUAAAAAUAUAUGAGAUUCUUCAAAGUAGCCACUCUUUGCCUUGAUGACAGCGUUGCACAGUCUUGGCAUUCUCUCAACCAGCUUCAGGAGGAAUGCUUUUCCAAGUCGCUGGGCACUUGUUGGCUGCUUUUCCUUCACUCUACAGUCCAACUCAUCCCAAACCAUCUCAAUUGGGUUGAGGUCGGGUGAUCGUGGAGGCCAGGUCAUCUGAUGCAGCACUCCAUCACUCUGCUUCUUGGUCAAAUAGCCCUUACUCAGCCUGGAGGUGGGUUGUGUCGUUGUCCGGUUGAAAAAUAAAUGAUAGUCCCACCAAGCGCAAACCAGAUGGGAUGGCGUAUCGCUGCAGAAUGCUGUGGUAGCCAUUCUUGUUAAGUGUGCCUUGAAUUCUAAAUAAAUGCUUAAUGGUUAUGGCGACUCCACUAAAAAACGUUCAAAGUUCUUGUAAUUUUCCGGAUUGACCUUCCUUAAUGUCUUAAAGUAAUGAUGGACUGUUGUUUCUCUUUGUUUAUUUGAGCUGUUCUUGCCAUAAUAUGGACUUGGUCUUUUACCAAAUAGGUGGGUAUAUAGAAGAUAGUCCUACCUUGUCACAACACAACUGAUUGGCUCAAAUACAUUAAGGAAAGAAAUUCCACAAAUUAACUUAAAAAAGGCACACCUGGGUAGGUGGCUACUUUGAAUAAUUUGUUUAGCACAUUGUUGUUUACUACAUGAUUCCAUAUGUGUUAUUUCAUAGUUUUGAUGUCUUCACUAUUAUUCUACAAUGAAGAAAAAACCCUGGAAUGAGUUGGUGUGUACAUUUUUGACUGCGUGUGUGAUAUUUAACUGACACACAGUUCAAAAGUUUGAGGUCACUAAGAAAUGCUGUUUUUGAAAGAAAAUCACAUUUGUCUAUUAAAAUAUCAAAUUGAUCAGAAAUAAAGUGUAGACAUUGUUAAUGUUGUAAAUGACUAUUGUAGCUGGAAACUAUCAGCAACCAUCACUCAUGUGUUAAAAUGGCACGUUGUCUUAGCUAAUCCAAGUUCAUAAUUUUAAAAGGCUAAUUGAUCAUUAGAAAACCAUUUUGCAAUUAUGUUAGCACAGCUGUUGUUCUGAUUAAAGAAGCAAUAAAACUGGCCUUCUUUAGACUAGUUGAGUAUCUGGAGCAUCAACAUUUGUGGGUUCGAUUACAGAAUGAAAAUGGCCAGAAACAAAAUAACUUUCUUCUGAAACUUGUUAGUCUAUUUUUGUUCUGAGAAAUGAAGGCUAUUCCAUAAAGCGAAAUUACCAAGAAACUGAAGAUCUCAUACAACGCUGUGUACUACUCCCGUCACAGUGUCUAGUUUGAGAAACAGAUGCCUCACAAGUCCUCAACUGGCAGCUGCAUUAAAUAGUACCCGCAAAACACCAGUCUCAACGUCAACAGUAAAGAGGCAACACAGGGAUGCUGGCCUUCUAGGGAGAGUUCCUCUGUCCAGUGUCUGUUCUUUUGCCCAUCUUAAUCUUCUAUUUUUAUUGGCCAGUCUGAGAUAUGGCUUUUUCUUUUCAACUCUGCCUAGAAGGCCAGCAUCCCAGUAGCCUCUUCACUGUUGACAUUGAGACUGGUGUUUUGCAGGUACAAUUUAAUGAAGCUGCCAGCUGAGGACUUGCUUCUUUAAUAAGAACAACAGUUUUCAGCUGUGCUAACAUAAUUGCAAAAUGGUUUUCUAAUGAUCAAUUACCCUUGUAGCUAACACAACGUACCAUUGGAACACAGGAGUGAUGAUUGCUAAUAGGCCCUCUGGUCACCUAUGUAGAUAUUCCAUUUAUUUUUAAAUCUGCCAUUUCCCCGCUACAAUAGUCAUUUACAACAUUACAAUGUCUACACUGUAUUUCUGAUCAAUUUGAUGUUAUUUUAAUGGACAAAAAAAAGGGCUUUUCUUUAAAAAACAAGGACAUUUCUAAGUGACCCCAAACUUGCUUGCUUGAGAAAUUGCUCUUUGCUAAUAAGCUAUUUUUGUUUAUUUUUUUACGAUUUUAAUUUAAAACAUUCACAAGGAGGUACUUUAUUAUUAACCAGAAAUUAUUUGAUAUCGAGAUAAAAACUGCUGCAUUGGACCUUUAAGAGCUCACAAAAUG